GACAAAACAUUGAAUAAACAUUCGUCCCGUCCCAUUCUUUGAGAGACACAUCAACGCGUCAGAAUCUCCUCGCACUUCAAUUCAUCAACAAAGUCAUCAAGCACUUCUCGGGCGUAUUGCGGACGCUGUAGGUAGAGCCGUGAAGGCCCAGGAGCAGCUAUGUUCGCCCAAGGCAAGCCCAAGGACCGGAGUUCGGGCCGGAAGGUGACGCCUCCGUCUCCUUCCUACAUGACGAACGAACAAUUCGCUGCAUAUCUCGCAGAUCUGCGCAAUCACCGAGUCAAUAGGCCCGCCGGUGCCCGCCCGCCGCCCGCUUCGAAAUACGAAGCCAGUGGCCGAUCUUCCCUUGGGGCUGCCGCGCCUUCGCAAACAUCACUGAACCAUCAGCCAACGCACCAGCGUGCCCAGUCAGACAUCAGCAGUGUCCCCCCGUCUGUCAUCCGCCCGUCAAUCUGUGGCAGUGUGGCGUCGAGAUAUUCAGCCAAUAACCGCGGCAAGGAUUAUUAUCCGGAUCGGCCAGUACAGCCGUUGAAGCCAUCAGAAGUCGUUCCUUCCGCAACCUACAUUGAGCGCGGCCAGAGGUGGAUGGAGAAGGAGGAAGCCUUCAGUUUAAGACAGGCGAUGGAGGAUAUGGAUCUCACGGAGCAUGUAGGCCAGGGAAGAGGUGGCGACGAGGAGACGAGCGAGGAUAAGCGCCUUUAUGAAGCCGCUCUCAACGAGGCAGCCGAGUUGGUCUGGCAACACCAGAAUCCCGGCAAGCUGCCUCAGCCGGGGGCGCCCUACAGAUACCGACCUCACCUGCGCAAGAACAGCUAUGCACAUGCCCGCUCCGCCAGUGCAGGCCUGUACGGAAGCGAUGUUGCGCCUACGGGACUUGCCCGUGAUUCUACCUCGAGUUCAAUAUCAUCUGGCGGUUCGGCUGAAGAUACCCCCGUUGGCGGUCGGCCGUCGUUUUCCUCCUCUCGCCAGACUCCAGUUGUGGGCGAAACUCCUCGUGUGAGUUUCGACAAUGCACGGAGCAAUUCAGCCGAACCCCGUAGCUCCAAAUCAUACGGCGGCAUCGGGAGCGCUCCACCUCCGGUUGCGGGAGGGCGGCGCAGGAGUAGCAUGAAGAGGAACAUUAGCGGUGAGGUCGAUAAGCCCUUCUCUGGUGAACAGAUAUGGGAAGAGUCAGACGCCGACGUCUCAGGCGUUGUUCAGGGCUCGACAGAAGACAAGUCCAAUCCGCUCGGACUCAAGCCAAAGAACCCCCUAAAUAGGGUCCAGUUCGCCCCCAGCCGAUCCCCUACAACGGAUGCGUCCGCUGCCGCGACCGAGAAGCCCGUGUCCAAAACUGAGAUACACCGAAACCCUCCAUCCCAGACUCGCAACCCGCAGUACACUACUAAUACACGCCUGACUCGGUUGCCUGUUGAGAACAGUGACGUACCCCGCAAGCACGGCAUGGAGAUUCGCAGCGAGGAGAUUAGGCAAGCCACCAGCAUGAAGCUGAAGGACCGCAGCCCCAAGCUUCCGACACCGUCUGCUGUCAGCGAUAGCCCGGGUCGUCCUAUCGUAAGCUUUGAUAGAGAUUGGAAGCCUUCAGAGGAGGCUACUGACGACAAGUCAGAAGAGUCCAGAUUUGGGCGAGCCGGCAACCAUCCCAUCUGCCUCGUCCCAGGCGGGCUCCGCAACAAGCAGCCGGAGCAGCAGCAGCAGGAACAAGCCCAGGCGGUCCCUUCUAUCGCUGUUACGGAUAAUUCUGCGGCCUCGCCAUCGCCGUCGCCGUCACCGUCCCCGACGCGACGCUCAAUGCAACCUCCGCCCGCUAUUCAAGUAAACGGACCCUCCAUCCCCGCCAUUGCGGUGUCCGACUGUUCCUCAUCUGUUCCCUCCAUCACGGUCGAGUCGGACGGAGCGGGCGGCGGUCCCGCCAUACCCGUCAUUGUGACCCCUGAUGACGACGCCUCGUCAACGACGGGUGGUUCCCGUCGCCCGCUGCCCACUCCCAAGAGCGGAGCCCCUCGAAUUCGGCCGCCAGCACAACCCCGCACACCCCGGACAGCCCCAACAAGGCCGGUCCCCGGAAGCCGUGCGACCGCCUGCUGCCACGAGUGCGGCGACCCGAUCGAGGGCCGGUUCGUGUCGCUAGCUGGCAUGACGGAGCGGUUCCACCCGCACUGCUUCACGUGCUACGCCUGCGGCACCUCGCUGGAAGCCCUCGAGAUCUCCCCCGAGCCGGACGAUCACCGCGCGGCCCGCCUCGAGCGCAUCGCGCGCCGCGCCAGGGGCGAGACCCUCCCCGAAGCUCCCGGGGAGACCAUGGCCGAGGACGGCGACGACCGCCUGCGCUUCUACUGCCACCUCGACUGGCACGAGCUGUUCGCGCCGCGCUGCAAGCACUGCAAGACGCCCAUCAUGGGCGAGCACGUCGUGGCGCUGGGCGCGCAUUGGCAUUCCGGCCACUUCUUUUGUGCCGAGUGCGGCGACCCCUUUGAGAAGGGCAUGACACACAUCGAGAAGGACGGGUACGCGUGGUGUGUGAGCUGCCAGACCAAGCGUACCGAGAGGAGGGCGCCCAAGUGUCGCCGGUGCAGGACUGCCGUUAUUGGGCAGUACAUUCGCGCUCUGGGCGGCGAGUGGCAUGACGAGUGCUUUCGUUGUAAGACCUGUGGAGGUGGGUUUGAUGAUGGGCAGAUUUUCCCCAUGGAGGGUCGUGGUGCGCCGGGGGAGACGGUCGUUCUGUGCACCAAGUGCAUGGAGAAGGAGUUGAAGGCCUGAAGGGGGUUACCUACAUGUGUACGGGUAUUGGAGGCUGGUAGGAUGGGAUGGGAUGGGAAGGCAUUGCGGAGUGUUAGGCGUUAUUGUCGGCUUGUGUAGCGUGUACUGAGUUUGAUGAUUGUUAGGUACCCUGUGGCACUUGACUCUGUACUGUGUAAACCUCGUUGAUCCUUCUGCAUUGAUGUGAGUGACGGCGGAUAUGAUAAAUCCCUCGUUAAGUCAGAACAAGUGCGGUGUCUUCUGCCCGCGCCCCAUCCGAGGCAAAGGGACCCAAAUCAGAACCACAAUCCGAUGGACGACAUUAGAGAUCAACACUGAAAUGCCGUAGGUGUUUAAUUCACCUAUGUGCCA